UUCAAGAAGGUUAUAUCCAUGAUUUGCUGCUACCUCCAAUUAUGAGCCUUUUAGGUGUAUUUUGUUUUAUAAUCCUCUGGAUGGAAAGUUGGGGACAGGAGCAAACGUAUGUCAUUUCAGCACCAAAAGUAUUCCGUGUUGGAACAUCUCAAAAUAUUGUAAUUCAAGUUUAUGGAUACACAGAAGCAUUUGAUGCAACGAUAUCUCUUAAGAGUUAUCCUGAUAAAAAAGAUAGUUACUCUUCAGGAUACGUUCGUUUAUCUGCAGAAAAUAAAUUCCAAAACUCUGCUAUUUUAACGAUACAACCUAUACAGCUGUCUGGAAAAAAAGACCAAGUCUCACAUGUGUAUCUGGAAGUAGUAUCAAAGCAUUUCUCAAGAUCAAAAAAAAUUCCAGUAGCCUACGAUAAUGGAUUUCUCAUUAUUCAUACAGACAAACCUGUUUACACUCCACACCAGUCAGUUAAGAUUAGAGUUUAUUCACUGAAUGAUGACUUGAAGCCAGCCCUACGAGAAACUGUCUUAACCUUCAUAGAUCCUGAAGGAUCAGAAGUUGACAUCGUAGAAGAAAAGGAUUACACUGGAAUCAUCUCUUUUCCUGACUUCAAGAUUCCAUCACAUCCUAAAUACGGUGUGUGGACAAUCCGAGCUAAAUAUAAAGAGGACUAUUCAACAGUUGGAACCACCUAUUUUGAAGUUAAAGAAUAUGUAUUGCCACAUUUUUCUGUAUCAAUAGAACCAGAAAAUAAUUUUAUUGGAUAUAAGGACUUUAAUGACUUUGAAAUUACUAUAAAAGCAAGAUACUUUUAUGACAAAGUAGUCACUGAGGCUGACGUUUAUGUCUCUUUUGGAAUAAAACAAGACUUAAAAGAUGAUGAAAAAGAAAUGAUGCAAAAAGCAUUUCGAAGCACAGUGUUGACAAAUGGAAUUGCUCAAGUAAGUUUUAACUCAGAAAAAGCAAUUGAAGAACUGCCCUAUAACAGUCUAGAAGAUUUAGACGGCAAGUACCUUUAUAUUGGUGUAACGGUCAUCGAAUCUUCAGGUGGUCUUUCUGAAGAAGCAGAAAUUCCUGGCAUUCAAUAUGUUCUCUCUCCCUACAAACUGGAUUUGGUUGCUACUCCUCUUUUCCUGAAGCCUGGGAUUCCAUAUUCUGUCAAGGUGCAAGUUAAGGAUUCCUUUGACAAGUUGGUAGGAGGAGUACCAGUGAUCCUGAAUGCACAAAUGAGUAACAUACAUCAAGAAAUGCAUGAUGUGGAGCCAAAGAGGAGUAUAACACUUUCCAGUGAUGGAGUAGCUUCAUUUGUGAUUAAUCUCCCAUCUGGAGUGACAGUGAUGGAUUUUAAUGUCAGGACUGAUGACCCGUACCUUCCCGAAGGAAAUCAGGCCAGUAAAGAAUAUCAAGCAAUAGCGUAUUCAUCACUCAGUCAAAGCUACCUCUAUAUUGACUGGACUGCAAACUAUAAGGCUUUGCUUGUGGGAGAAGAUCUGAAUGUUAUUGUUACUCCCAAAAGUCCAUACAUUGAAAAAAUAACUCACUAUAAUUUCUUGGUUCUAUCCAAAGGAAAAAUUAUUAACUUUGGUACAAGGAAGAAACUCCCAGAUUCAACUUUUCAACAUGUGAACAUCCCAGUGACACAGAACAUGGUUCCCUCAGCCCGACUCCUGGUCUAUUACAUUGUCACAGGAGAGCAGACGGCUGAAUUAGUAUCCGACUCCGUUUGGUUAAAUAUUGAAGAAAAGUGUGGUAACAAGCUCCAAGUUCAAGUGUCACCAAGUGCGGAAACAUAUUCUCCAGGUCAUCGCUUUUCUCUGAAUUUGGUAACUGAGUCAAGUUCCUGGGUUGCUUUAUCAGCAGUAGAUAGUGCCAUUUAUGGAAUCCAAAGGAAAACCAAGAAGCCCAUGGAAAAAGUAUUUCAAGAGUUUGACAGGAGUGACCUGGGUUGUGGAGCAGGUGGUGGUCGCAACAAUGCAGAUGUUUUCCAUCUGGCAGGACUCACUUUUAUCACCAAUGCAAAUGCAGAUAACAUCCACGAAAAUGAUGAACCUUGUAAAGAAAUUCUCAGGCCAAGAAGAACUCUGGAUGAGAAAAUAAAAGAAGAAGCUGCUAAAUACUUACACGAGAAGGUGAAGAAAUGUUGUUAUGAUGGAGCUAUUUAUAAUGAUGAUGAAAGCUGUGAGAAGCGGGCUUCUCGGAUUAAGCUUGGCCACAAGUGCGUCACGGCUUUUAGUGCAUGCUGUAAGAUUGCGCUCCAACAUCGUGCCACAGCAUCUCACAGAAUUCUUCAACUGGGAAGACAGCACAUAAAGGCCAUGUUAUCAGUAACCAAGCCAGAAAUAAGGAGUUAUUUUCCGGAAAGCUGGUUAUGGGAAGUUCAUCACAUCUUCCAAAGAAAGCAGCUGCCUUUUGUGUUACCUGAUUCUCUGACUACUUGGGAAAUUAGAGGUAUCGGCAUUUCAGAUCAGGGUUUAUGUGUUGCUGAUACUCUCAAGGUAAAGGUAUUCAAAGAAAUAUUCCUGGAAAUGCAUUUGCCAUAUUCUGUUGUCCGAGGAGAACAGAUCCAAUUAAAAGGAACUGUUUACAACUAUGGGAUAACUGGGAUACAGUACUGUGUGAAAAUGUCUCCUGUGGAAGGAAUCUGUACUUCAGGAACCUCAGUCAUCAACCAUCAAGAGAACAAACGCUCCAGAUGUCAAUACCAGAAAAUAGAGGGCUCCUCCAGUCACGCAGUAACCUUUAACGUGCUGCCUCUGGAAAUUGGUCUCCACAACAUCAGCUUUUCACUGGAAACUUCUAUUGGGAAAGAGAUCUUAAUAAAAACAUUACGAGUGGUGCCAGAAGGUAUCAAAAAGGAAAGUUCUGCUGGUGUUACUCUUGACCCAAAUGGCAUUUAUGGAUUUCCUACCAGACAAAAGGAAUUCCCUUAUAAGGUACCAUUAGAUUUGGUCCCCAAAACAAAAGUGAACAGGAUUGUGAGUGUAAAAGGGCUGCUGAUGGGUGAGGUCAUGUCCGCAGUUCUGAGUCAGGAAGGCAUUGAUCUCCUUACCCACCUCCCCAAGGGCAAUGCAGAGGCAGAACUGAUGAGUGUCAUCCCAGUCUUCUAUGUUUAUCAUUACCUGGAAGCAGGAAGCAAUUGGGACAUUUUUUCUCACAAUUCGUUAACAAAAAAGAAACAAGAACUGAAUAAGAAAUUAAAAGAAGGGAUGGUGAGCAUCAUGUCCUACAGAAACGCUGACUAUUCUUACAGCAUGUGGAAUGGUGAAAGUGCUAGCACUUGGUUGACAGCUUUCGUUGUAAGGGUGCUUGGACAAAUACAUAAGUACAUCCGUCAGAACCAAAAUUCAAUUUGCAAUUCUAUGCUGUGGCUGCUUGAGAAGUGCCAGCUAGAAAAUGGAUCUUUCCAGGAGAAGUCCCACUAUCAACCAGUAAAAUUACAGGGUACCUUGCCUGUAGAAUCCCAGGAGAAUGCCUUGUAUCUUACAGCCUUCACUGUGAUUGGACUUAGAAAGGCUUUCGAUAUUUGCCCCUUGAUGAAAAUCGACACAGCCCUAACUAAAGCUGACAACUUCCUGCUUUCCAAUGCCAUCUCAGCUCAGAGCACUUUUACACUGGCCAUUGCUGCUUAUGCUCUCUCCCUGGGGGAUAAAACUCAUCCACAGUUUCUUUCCAUUGUUUCAGCCCUGAAGAAGAAGGCUUCAGUUAAAGGCAAUCCAAUCCCCAUUUACCGGUUUUGGAGGGAUGAUCAUGGGCAGCAAGACAGCUCUGCCCCUGACAGUGGUACAGCCCGGAUGGUGGAAACCACUGCCUACGCUUUACUCACCAGUCUGAACUUGAAGGACAUGAGUUACGUCAGCCCCAUCAUCAAGUGGCUAUCUGAAGAGCAGAGGUAUGGAGGCGGCUUUUAUUCCACCCAGGAUACAAUCAAUGCAAUUGAGGGCCUGACAGAAUAUUCACUCCUGGCUAGACAACUCGACUUGAAUAUGAAUAUCAAAGUCUCCUACAAGAACAAAGGUGACAUCCACUCUUAUAAGAUGACAAAGAAGAAUUUCCUUGGGAGGCCAGUAGAGGUGCCUCUCAAUGAUGACCUUGUUGUCAGUACUGGCUUUAGCACUGGCUUGGCCACAGUGCAUGUAAGAACCGUGGCUCACAAAAUCAGUACCUCUGAUGAAGUUUGCAACUUUUAUCUGAAGAUUGAAAUCCAGAACAUUGAAGGAUCGAGGUAUGGAGACUCCGACUACUCAGAAUACAAGCGCAUAGUAGCCUGUGCCAGCUACAAGCCCAGCCAGGGAGAAUCAUCCUCCGGAUCCUCCCACGCAGUGAUGGAUAUCUCAUUGCCUACUGGAAUCAGUGCAAACACAGAUGACUUAAAAGAUCUUGUGCAAAAGGUGGACCAACUAGCAAAUGAUUACCAAAUCCAAGAUGGUCAUGUUAUUCUGCAACUGGAUUCGAUUCCCUCCAAAGAUUUCUUCUGUGUUCGAUUCCGGGUAUUUGAACUUUUUGAAGUUGGCUUUCUGAGUCCUGCUACAUUCACUGUGUAUGAGUACCACAGGCCAGAUAAACGAUGCACCAUGUUUUAUAGCAUAACCCACACCAAACUUCAGAAAGUCUGUGAAGGAACAGCGUGCAAGUGUGUAGAAGCUGACUGUGGACAAAUGCAGGAAAAAUUGGAUCUGACCAUCUCUGCAGGUACUAGAAAAGAAGCUGCUUGUAAACCAGAGACUGCAUAUGCCUAUAAAGUCAAAAUCACAUCCAUAUCCGAGGAAAAUGUUUUUGUCAAGUACAGUGCAACCCUCCUGGAUAUCUACAAAGCUGGCGAAGCAGCUGUGGAAAGAGGCUCCGAAAUCACUUUCCUGAAGAGGAAAAGCUGUGCCAAUGCUGAUCUGGAGAUAGAAAGCCAGUAUCUGAUCAUGGGCAAGGAAGCCCUCCAGAUCAAGCACAACUUCAGCUUCAAGUAUAUCUACCUUUUAGAUUCCUUGACAUGGAUUGAAUAUUGGCCUGCAGAUACACGGUGCCCAUCCUGCCAAGUAUUUUUAGCUAACUUAGAUGCCUUUGCUGAAGAUAUCUUCCUAAAUGGCUGUGAAGAUGCCUGAAAUUCCAAUGGGAGGCUCUUGGCGAUGGCGUUGAAGUUUCUCUCUCUCCUCCACCUCUCCACCCUGCCUUUUUUUUUUUCAAUAUGCACAGCUGUUUGUAUUUGGAAACCUCACUUCUCUUAGAAUUUAGUGGCACUUGCCUUUAUUAAAGAGCACUUUUAAGGGC